CUUUACCAACAACCUCCAGUGAUUCAGGAGUCCUUUUCUCUGACCCACUGUCUUAUUAGUUCUGUGGUGAAAUGAAAACGCAUCUCUCAUGCUGUUACCCUUUACGGUGAGGCGCACUGGAAGAUCACCAAUCAUCAUGAAAAUCCAAAGGGUGUGUUGUCAGUCAACAGGCUAUUAAGCAGGCCAUGUUUGUAUUGCUGUUUUCCAGGAAAUCCUCUGACUGGCUUUUUUAAAUGGACUCUAAAGUUACCUCAGGACAGUGCUUACUGUGUAAGAAUGAGAACAUGCGCCUUUCUACGUAAAUUACAGUACAAAUGCUUUUUCUUCUCUUUCUCCCUGUUGAUUUUGUGCCUUUUGAAGCUUGUAUAUUUCAAAGCGACUGCUAACAGCUUUUUCAUCCAGACCUAUGGUAUUACUGGAACCACCAACCAGAGUCCUAGAUACCACAUUAACUGUACCUCCAUUUAUGAACUGGAACCAGUGGAGAUUGGCAAGUCUUUGGAAAUAAGAAAAACAAACAUUAUUGAUGUGGGAGAUGAAAUUAUUGCUUCUCUUACUUCAGACUGCAGGAGAUAUAUUGCGUUAAGAGAAUAUGAAAAGAUACCAGUUUCAGAGGAGGAGCGCCUUUUUCCAUUGGCGUAUUCCUUAGUGGUGCACAAAAAUGCAGCAAUGGUCGAGAGAAUUCUUCGAGCCAUCUACAUGCCUCACAAUGUUUAUUGCUUUCAUUAUGACCAAAAAUCUCCCAAAACAUUUAUAUAUGCUAUUGAAAACUUAGCUAAGUGUUUCCCCAAUGUAUUCAUUGCAUCUAAACUGGAAUCAGUGCAGUAUGCUCAUGUCACUAGGCUUAAAGCCGAUCUGAAUUGUCUGUCAGACCUUCUGAGGUCACCUGUGCAAUGGAAAUACGUCAUCAAUCUGUGCGGCCAAGACUUUCCACUCAGAUCCAACUUUGAGCUUGUUUCCGAGCUUAAGAAGCUGAAUGGAAGCAACAUGCUAGAAUCUAGCAGGCCGAGCGACGUCAAGAGGCAGCGCUUCGCCUUCCAUCACGAACUCCAGGACGUGCCUUAUGAAUACCAAAAAUUGCCUGUAAAAACCAAUCAGGCCAAGGAGAGCCCUCCGCACAAUAUUGAAAUGUUUACCGGAAGUGCCUAUUUUGUGCUGUCGCGUGCUUUCGUUGACUUCGUUGAGCAAAGCCAGCUUGUCAAAGACUUCUUGGCCUGGUGUGAAGACACCUACUCUCCAGAUGAGCACUUCUGGGCCUCUUUGGUGCGAGUUCCUAAGGUUCCAGGAGGGAUUCCCAGGUCGGAUCCCGACUUCACGGACUUGAUGAGUAGGACGCGUCUGGUGAAAUGGAGUUAUCUUGAGGGGUCCCUUUAUCCUCCUUGCACUGGAACCCACAUUCGCAGCGUCUGCAUUUAUGGAGCUUCAGAACUUCGCUGGCUCCUUAAUUAUGGGCACUGGUUCGCUAACAAGUUUGAUCCCAAAGUGGACCCUGUCCUGAUCAAAUGCUUGGAAGAGAAACUUGAGGAAAAACAACAUUCCUGGGUGAUGUUGACGAAGUGACUUUUGAGAUUUAAAUGUUUUGACAGUUUUCUGCACUAUAGAUUGAAGGAUUAUUUAAAGGACUAUUUAUCUAUGCCACACCCUUCUUUGGAAAUCAAUGAGUGCAAUUCUUAUCUUGCUAAUAAUUAUUUAUAAUACAUUUUCUUUCACUUUAGCUGUCACACCUUUUUUGGACAAGGCAUACUCAUGAACACCAGACUAAUAUAAAUAUAAAAAAAUAGUUGUAUUUUCUGUGGAGGGUCACUAAUUGGAAUACUAAAUGUUUUGUGUAACACCUUUAGAACUUCACCACAAUAUUUUCAUAUUUUCAGGGAAAAUCAGGGCUAAACCCAGCAUGGUGAGAAUUUUUGUCUCAUGCCCCUAAGAGCACAGGGAGGGAGGAGAGUUGAGCAGAAUUCUUACCUACAGUAGGUGGCUUUGCUCAGCAGCAAUUGCGUUUUUUCAUAAUGAAAUAAACUGACUGGACUUCAAACAUCAGUUGAAAUUUUUACCAGGUUGUGUUUUUAAAAAAAAUAAGUGGUCAUAAUUAACUUCUACCACACAUGACAGAGACACAGAUUUCCCUCUCUAUCUCUUUAUAUAAUCUUUUAUGAGGGUAAUUUUUAAUCCCCAAAUAUUGUUCAAAUGAAAAAUUAAUUGUAUUCUUUAUUUUUUAAUGAUCAGUAUAAUAUUAUUUUACUUCCCACACUGAAUUUAUUUCCAUCUCAAUUGGCUUCUUCAGACUUUUGUAAAAUCGUGACACACAUUAACCACUUCAAUAUCACAAUAUUUGUGAAGUGCAACCAUGCUUGAAGUAUACUACUAUAUUUGUAUACAUUUUCCUUCGUUUUCUAUAUCAGUCUGUUACCUAGCAUGCGGAUUUAUUUUUAUUUCUGGAGUUCAAAAGGGUUAAGAGUACAAUCUACUGUGGAACAGAAAUCUUUGAAAAUCUGUGUCACUGUAAUCAUUUUUUGUUCCACCACAAUGCUAACAUUGUAAUUGAAAAAAAGGAUGCUCUAAUGUAAUUGGAGAAAAUCCCAUGAGUUUCUUUUUGGGUGGCAUGGUGGUGUAGUGUUUAGCAUUGCUGCUUUGCAGCACUGGGCUCCUGAGUUCAGUUCUGGACCUGGGGUGCUAUUUGCAUGGGGGUAUAUGUGUUGUUUAUGUGAGUUUCCUCCCACAGUACAAAAACGUACUGGUAGCUUAAUUGUCCUCUGAGAGAAGUGGCCCCAGUGUGUGUGUGUUUGUGUCUGUGUUCCCUCUGACAGACUGGCCUCUUGUCCAGUGUGUACCUUGCCUACUCUCUGUUGCUUGCUGAGAUAGACUCUUUCUCCCCUGUGAGCCUGAAUUGGAAGAAGCAGUUUGUAAGAGGGAUGGAUGGAUCAUGAGUUUCCUGUUCUUUUUUAUUUUUACAGCUGUUGACAAGCUUGGUGCCUUGAAUUGCCAAAUGAGUUGUCGUUUGUCUAUAUCCAGAUGAGCUAGGAAAAUGUAUGAUUUGGUUUGUUUGCACAGAAUUUUGCACUGAUGUUAUUACCUUUAAACUAUUGUUGGGACAAAGGAUCUUAAUGUAUUUUGUCAGUGUGCUUUGGAAAUGAAAUGGAUAUAAAACAAUGGAAAUGUAAUAUAAUACCAUUAGAAUUGAAAUAUUCAAUAUUAUGAAAGAUCAAAACUGCAAAACAAGGCUUUCAACAAAGAAAUAGCAUACAGUUGUGAUGAAGGUUUCUUGAGUUUGUCAUGUUUAGUUUGUUUCUAAAUCUAUGAUCUAUAUAUAAAUCUAAAACACAAUGUUUUAUAAUUGCAAUGGAAAAUGCAGGAAUGUUCACACACAGUGUGCUAAUUAAAUUAGUUGGCCUUUUUGAACAGAUGUGUUCAGAAAAGUGACCCCUGUUGAGCAAGUAGUACACUGUAGUAGACAGAACAGCUUCAUUUAGCUCUUUACUACAGUAUGCUUUUCUUUAGUAUAGAAAAGUAUACUAUACUUUCAUGUAUAGAAAUCAGCAUUUCAGUUACAUAAAUACUGGUCACCUUGGGUUGGUACUAUGUGUGUAUUGUCAUGUAUCAUAGAAGUACAGUACUUUGUCGGGGUCCCAUUUGUAACCUGAUCAAAUUCCAAGGUAUAUAGGGCUUCACAAUACAGCUGUUUGAAUAGGCCAACUAACUUUCUAAUCACCCUGAACAUUGCAAUUUUUAAUGGUGAUCUGUGCCUGUAGGCUGCAGUUCAAAUCAAGGGCUAUAAUAUUAAUGAUUUAAAUGUUCUGAUGUACUUAGAAUCAGAUGAUUCUGUUGGACAUGAGUCUGAUAAAAUUGGGACAUUCUAGUUUUUCUGAAACAGCAAAUAAAAUUUCUGAAUUUUCUCUUUGAAAAAGCUGUGAUCAAACCUUAUUGAUAAGACUAUUAAUGUAAUUUAUUGAUAACUAUUAAUAAUAAAUAUGGUCAACACCAAAACUGAGUCAAACAAGAAGAUUAAUUUUUCGGAGCAGUCAUAAUUUCAUCAUUAGUGUAUAAAACAGCACACCAAGAACUGAUUAGUUCUCUGUCAUUGAGUUUGUGGCCUUUAUUCAUGUGUUAGAGUAUGAAGAAUCUAGACCAAAACCUUAUUUUUUUAUUGUUUAUUGCUAACACUUUAAAACACUUUAGGGGAUGCUAAUUAAAAUUAUAGGGUUUCAUUGGACAAUGUGUUUGUGCUAGUGUCUAAUAUUCUUAGUUUAGAUUGUCUUUAUUAGGAAGUUUAUGGUUUUGUUCAGCCUUCAUUUCCACCUUUUAAACCACAGCUCUUCAGUUCCAAUUAUCGGCCCAGUAGAGUUUGUAAUAUAGAUGGGUUAAUGUUUUUACCUGCUUCAUAACUGGUCAAAUGGCAAAGCCAGUGUCUAUUCAUGCAUCAUCAGAAAGCUACUUGGUCCUGGGCAGAUUGGCAGCAAUCCAGAGCCUAUCCUGGAAUCGUAAGGCUUGAAGUAGGCAAUCAAUUGAGUAGUGAGUUGUUUAGAGAAGUGAAUUGAAGUGACUUAGCAAGCUUGUGUUAAUUAAAAAUCAGAAUAUCCCUCAGAAACAUGAGGAACUAUACUAUAAUCUUAUACUGUGUUUACUACUGUAGUUAGCUACUGAAUCUAAACAAAAGCACUUUAAGCACAAUAACAGGUAAUUAUGUUGAAUACAUCAAAAUGAAACUUAUCUCAAAAUAUCUCAAUUUUCAAUGACUUCCUGGUGUGUUUCUGUUUCAUUGAACUAGAAAAACUAAAGGGAGAAAAUGUUGAAUUAUGAAAGGCUAAGCACACUAUGUCCCAUCAACAGUACACAUAAAACAUCCAAAAUAUUUGAGUAAAAAGUCCAGAGUCUUGCUUAUUUCCUUCAAAACAUUCUUAUGUCUUUCGACACUUCAUGUAGUGCUUGCCUACUGGUUUCUGACACUGCAGCUGUCAGCUGAUCAAAUAAUUAUUUCUAGAAUGUACCAACACAAGGAAGCCUUUUCUUUAAGUCAUUGGUCAACUGGAUUAAUUCUGUAUGAAUGUUGAUUAAUUUACUUUUUUUGUUCUGAUCUACCUUCUUCCAUAAAGCAAGAAAGAACUUAAUGAGCAAGAACCCCCUGACCUCUUUACCCUGUUGAACUGGAGGCCUUUUUUUCUGUGGUGACUGAUAUUGGCUGGAAGUAAUCUUCACUCUGUAAACAGAUCUCUACAUACAUGACUGCUCUUGAAUCAGUUGUGUUUUAACAUUGCUUAUACACGAAGUCUAAUUAGCAGUAAAAGCAAUGCACUCGUUUCAUUAUGGUAAUAGACACAUUAGCACAGAGCAUAAUAUAAUCACAUUAAUAUUUAAAUACAUACUGUUUCGACAUUUCUUGCCUAAAACCAAUAAUACAUUUAAAGAUCAAAUGAGCUUUAUUUUAAAACUUUUUAUAGUAAACACUUUGAAAACCAAGUUACUUGCCUGCUUCGUCUAGGGAUUGACAGCUGUCGUUUUUUUUAUUUACUGUAUUAUCUUUCUGUGUCACAGUUUUACAGCAGCAGCAAUUAUUUGCAUAAACACAGACCCCAAGGGAUAUCAUUUGCCUGAGCUAAGCAGUUCAGUUUGUUUUUUUUUGCUGAAAUUGUUCUCUGGCAGGUCUCCCAAAGCUGACACCUGAACUGGACUAAUACACAUGUAAACAAUAUUCUUGAUGAUAUUAUUUUUGUCUGUGGGGAAAAAAAAAUAGACUGUCUUGUUAUAAUUACCGAUGAAGCAACAGUGAAAUUGCACUGGUUUUACUUCAAGAAGUUGCAUAAGAGUAGUGUAAAGAGGACCUUUAAGCUUAAUUAGCUAUACUUAAAGUACUGUAAAAUGUUUUAAAUCAGUCAUACAGUUCUGUAUCAUGCCCUGCAGAUAUUAUAUAAUAGAUAUUGUGAGAAUAAAAAUGUGGUGUAAUUUUUCACCA